UUCGGCGUCGACACAGCACCGACGCCUCGUUCACAUCGCGCGUGGAUCUCUCUUAGGAGCUUUCUCGGUCGUGGGGGAAUCGUGAGAGAAGAAAAAAGUGUCAGACUAUCACGAAACGCCAGAAAAUACAAGGAAAGCUUAUGCACUGCGGAGAGAGGACACACAAACGAACAAUCAAUAAGAAAAUCGAGAGAAAGAAAACCUCGCUGGGCGGUUACAACAUCAAACCCGAGACAGUCACACGUGGCGGAAAACACAGUGCGCAGCGAAGGAGCCAGUUUACACAUGCGAUGGCUGUAGGUAAGGGCGCUAAGAAAACGACGUUUCUUCAGAGACACAGCGGCAAAAUGUCCCCGGUCCGAGUCACAGACAUGCGGUGGGGGUGGGUCAGGAAGAACCUGCUCCUCAUCUUCACCUUCUCGGGAGUCCUCUUUGGCGUCGGUCUGGGCCUUGGUCUACGAGCCGCCGGGCCCGACAGCACCACGGUUUUACUCAUCUCUUACCCUGGAGAACUCUUUAUCAGAAUGCUCAAACUCAUGAUCCUUCCACUUAUUAUCGCUUCUCUUAUCUCAGGAUCAGCCAGUCUCAACGCCAAGAUGAAUGGUCGCAUCGUGGUGAAGACAGUGCUCUAUUUUAUGGCCACUUCCCUCCUUAAUGCCAUAUUGGGGGUCUUGCUGGCCAUUGCUAUUCACCCAGGAUCUCCCUUGGCCAAAGAGGCUUUAUCGAGUGAGAUUACCGACGCGGGUCCUUCGUCCACUGUGAACAUUCUCGAUGGAUUCUUGGAUCUCGGACGCAACAUCUUCCCGGAGAAUCUGUUCCAAGCAUCUUUCCAACAGGUACACACUGUGUAUAACGAACAGUCUGUAAUCCAUGAAAACAUCACAGGCACAGGAGAGUCAGAACAGAUCACCGAGCUUGUGCGAACGGUCAAGUACCGGGCAGGAACGAAUACCUUGGGCAUCAUCGUCUUCUGCCUCGUCUUCGGAACCAUCCUUGGGUCCCUGGGCAAGAAGGGUGCCGUGGUGGUCGACUUUUUCUCUGUAAUUGAUGCUGUCAUUCUCAAGAUCGUGACUGGAAUCAUGUGGCUCUCACCCGUGGGCGUGGCGAGUGUAAUCAUGAGCAAGAUCCUGAUCGUCAAGAACCUAAGCACCGUCAUGAGCAACCUGGGCCUCUUCAUCGUGACGGUGGUGGUGGGCGUGCUCAUCUACCAGUGGCUCAUCCAGAACCUCAUCUACUUCCUCUGCACGCGCCGCAAUCCCUUCACUUUUUACAUCAACCUCCUGGAGCCAUGGGUGACCUCCUUCGCCACGGCAUCCACGGCGGCUACGCUGCCUAUCACCUUCCGAUGCAUGAACGACAAAUGCGGCGUGGAUCCCCGAAUCUCCCGCUUCGUGCUUCCCAUCGGUGCCACAGUCAACAUGGACGGAACAGCCUUGUUCGUGUCCGUCGGCACCGUCUUCAUAGCUCAGAUGAAUGAAAUCUCGCUCGGUGUUGGGGAGUACGCAACUAUUGUCGUUACAGCAACCGCUGCCAGCGUUGCUAGUGCCAGUGUGCCAAGUGCUGCACUUGUUCUCAUAGUCAUCGUUCUCACAGCCGUCAAUCUGCCAGCCACGGACGUAUCUCUUCUCUUCACCAUCGACUGGCUUGUCGACCGGUUCCGAACCACGAACAACAUGCUCGGCGACUGCUAUACAGCCGCCAUCGUCGAGCACUGGAGCCAGAAGGAGCUGCAGGCCAUGGACGCCGAGAACAGCACGGAGACGAAUCCCAAUGACGUGGAAAAGGCUGCCGACCUCACGCCUCUGGUAACCCGCCUGCAUGACACCGACCCUGAUCCAGUGCCGCAUGACCUGCCAGUGCUGCUUAGGGGCUCGGACAAUGGGAAGUUGAUGGCUGGCAAUGAAAUCCACGUUGAGGUUGAAGUUAACCAGAAAGACACCACUACCACAACCAAAAUGUAGACUCACACAUGACGAGGAUUUGUCACAAAACUCUUUUUUUGAUAAGAAUUCAGACAAGUUUGUUGAAAAUGUUCUGUAUAUUUUCAGAGAAAUUUGUGUGAAUGUGUGGAGCUAAACAUUCUUUGCAUUCUUAAGUCUUAGAGAUAUGAGAUAAACACUAUAGAAAUGAAAUUGGUUCAAAGAGGUAAAUUCACAUAGUACUAUUAAGAAAGCUAUAAUGAUAUGUGUAAUUGAUGAUCAAAUUCAUUUUAAUAGUAAUUAUGAGAGAGAAAAACCCUGUUCAGAAGUCAAAAGAUUAUUGAAAUACUGAUCAUGCUCUGAGAGUUGAAAAAUUAGCAUGUAAAAACCUCAUACUUCAGAGGACAAUACAUUAUUUUUGCUUUUUUCACCCCAAAGGCAGUCUAUCACUGGUGUUGAAACAAGAAUGUUAACGGCCAAAAAUCAUAGAGACAAAGCAAAUAUGGGUGCUAUUUUUCAAGAAUUUCAGAUGAUCCUAAUGGUUGUUUAAUAUUGUUAAUAUUGAAGGACAUUAAUGGGAUAAGGUAAGGAUAGUCAAGUAACUAUAUAUGACAGCUACUUUGCUGGAAAUCCCUUUCUAUACCCAGUAAAUAUCCUCAAGGAAUGAGAUAUAUUAGUGAGAUGAUAGUUUUAAGUGAAUAUAUAUAUAUAUGACUAUAUUUAGACAUCAAAAUGUCUAGCCAACAGUAGGAUAUAAAGUGAUAAUAAAGGCAUUGUUCUUUUUGAGCUGUGUAUAAAUGUUAAUUGAAGAUUGACAUUACAGAUACAUACAUUUUGACAAUGCCUUAGCAAAGAUCCAAUAGAAUAUUAGAUAUAGACAAUGGAAUGAGUCAGAGGCACAUUAUCAACAAAAUGAUGUGGUUGAUUAACAGGUAUAAUUGGUUUACCCAAUAAUUAACCUCAUAUUUUAGGAUUUUUUGUCUAAAUCACACACCUCAGGGUCUUGUGGAAAAGAUUUAUACUUUUGAGAUUCUGGCCAUGACUCCUUGCAUGCUGCAAUAUACCUUACUGUAUGAUAAGCCUGAUAUAUCUCAUGCUAAAAAUAAUUGUAAUGGUCAUGGGAGUACAAUGAUCAACAUUGAAUUUCACUUGUUACUAUUAUUACUCUGUAUUAAGCAAUCCCCUUUAGAACAUUCAUGGAUCACUUUUGAAAAUGUCAUUGAUUCGAGAUAUAGUAUUACCACGUUAAAUCUUAUUGCUUCUGCCAAUAUAACAGGUGAAUCAAGAAUGUGAAAGCUCUAUUGUAUGUGAUUUUAUGGACUCUUCUAUGGAUAGAUGGCACUAAUCAUUCAUGGAAUAUGGAAUGAUUGGUGUAUUUAUUCCUCAGAUGUAGACAUUUUACUCCAUUGCCCAUAUUGGGUAAAUAUAAAGAGUAGUUGGAGUGGUAUCACAGACAUUGGGAUCCAGUAGAUUGUAUGUAGGAUUAUUCACUUUCUUUUAAGGGAAGCAGUUAUUCAGAUUUCAGUCUUUGUUUAAAUUUGUUGAAAAGAAAAUCAAUUUGAUGUGAGAAUCCAAUUAUUCUUUUAGAUUUUGAGACUACUAGUCUUUAUCUUGAGUAUGUGGAUGUACUUGUUAAUGUACACAUGUAUUAUAGCACUACCUUCAUUUUCUUAGCUGAAAAAGAAAUUGUUCCACAUAUGAUUUGAAUAUAUGUGAUGCUUCAAUAUAAAAAUGGUUGUUGCAAAAUUUUUGUGAUUUUAAUAUCUAUGAACUGCCUUGAAUGUUGAUUUUUUUUUUUUUAGAAAUUGAAGGCAGUGAGAAGUACUUUUAUGACACUAAUGUUCUUGUUUUUUAAAACUAACAGGUUUUGAAUUUCCAGUACAAAGACUAGUAAGAUGAAUGAUACAGUUUGAAAUUGCAAUUUGAAUUCAACUUGUCUGCAGUGUCAUAUGGAAACCACUGGGGAUAUGCAAGUAGAGUAUUUAUUUGAUCUCCAUAUUCAUGUGAUAAAUUUCGAGUUAGUGAAAAAACUUCAGUAUUGUUAAUUACAUUCACAUACUCUCAGAAGCUGCAAGUCUUAGGUGGCAGGUUUUAGACAAGUUUAUUUUAUAGUAUCUCGCAAAGAGUGAACUGAUGACCCAGAAAUACUUCAUUAAACUAAAAUCCCCUUCCCGCUCUAAAAUAUGAGACAGAAAAAAAAAAAAAAAUUAUUAACUGAAACAUAAAAUUCUUAUGUUCAUGGUAAUUCUUUGGUACCCACACAUAUGCAGUGUUUUCUGUGUGUGGGAAAACAGUUUUUACUCCCACAGACCUUAUGUAUAUAAUUAGCAGGAUAUCUUUCAUUCAGAAAAAUGGGUCACUUCAGUUUCUCACUCAUGAUGAACUUUUCCAAGUUAGUGUACUAACUUUUGUGGUUGAAUAUGAAACCCUAUCAACUUGUUAAAAGUUUCUUUUCGUAACUUGUGAAUGCUGCCAAUUAUAAGUUAGAUAAAAGCUUUGUGUUAGGCGUGCACCCAACCAUUGUAAAUGUUGAUGUGGUACCUAGUGUUAUUCUAGCAAAGGCUCAUACCCAUUGUCAAUGAUGUAUUGAAUAUUUAGAUUUAAAAUCAGAGGCAGACCCAAGCAAAAGAACAAAUGAAUCGACAAUAAAAUCAUUUGAAUAGAAUGUCAGUAACUGGAUGUAAGGUAUGUCAAUGACUUGUAAAGACUAAACACACACUCACACGAGUUGAUCCUUAAAUGUAGACCUGAAGUCCCUGGGCCUUCCCUUAGGUGGACAUUGAAGACUCCCAAGAUCUUGGUAAAAUUCAUGAAUACAAUUAGGUUCCAGUGUCAUGAAAUGCAUUGGCUGAACACCAAUAAUUUAUAUUUUACAAUUGAUUGUAAAUAGUAUACUCAACAUACUUGAUAAAAGUUUGCCAACUUUUGCUUAGCUUUUUAUGUUAUUUUCUUCACAGCAAUACAACGACUACCAUGAUCUUGGGAUCCUAAAGUCUUCCAGCAUCUAAUGAUCAGGAUUAUAGGAUCAACAGUAUAUUCUUGGCAGUAUUAUAACCUUUACUAUUAAGGCCAACAAAAACAUUGAAUGCCAACUUUAACUGUUGUUCUAGUUAUAACAGCAAUUAUAUAUAUAAGCAGGUAUAUAUAUAAAGCUGCAUGCAUGAAAGCAAUGAUACAUCACUUUCCUUGGUUACCACGUAAGUAAGCACUCUUAAUGAACUUUGUUUUCAAUUCACAACUCCAUAUUUUAAACAGUUUAUUACACACAGGUCUUAUUGACCAUGUACUUCCAAGAACACCACAAUCACUAGUAGAUUUGACAGGUGAGGUUGUCUUUUAACAAGAGCAUUAAGGAACUUUAUGUCAGUGACACCAGUUAUGUCAACAACUUCUUGAUGAGUCACCAUACCUUCUCAAGAUUUUAUUUUCACCACAUGGAGAUGUCUUUCCUGAAAGCCAAAUGACCAAGGAGUCAAAGCAAGAUGCACAAGAAUGCAUAUAAUCAAUCAUCUGCACAGUGUGAUCAAGGCAUACAAUACAGUACAAUCAAAUCGAACAUCAAUCUUAACUGAAGUAAAAUAUGCAUGAUGGUUGAGGAGGCCACGUUACAUUACAUAUCAUCACUAUGUUGUUUUGGCAUGUAAUAUUAUUGUCAUUUUACUUAUAAUGGACCAAUUUCUAUAUGGAAAAAUGUAUUUGUUACAGCAAAAAAAAACAAAAAAAAACAAGAAAAAUCCAUAUGGAAAAAAAGACAGAAUGGCUGUAGCAGUUUUUUUCUUUUUUUUCUUAAAAGAAAAUAAAAAAAGAAAAUUCCAGGAAAUAUUUCGCAUUUAUGUAAAUAGACAAAUGUCACAAGUUAAAUAUAUAUCCCAAGUAUAGCACAUACAAUAUUGCAUAAUAAAUUAAGAAGGCCA